GCUCUGGGCUCGACUGAGGCUCCCUGGCCGCUCGCGCUUUUCUCUCCUUCUCCAAGAUGGCGGCGAUCGGCGGCGCUGAGGCGGGAUCCGGGCGAGCCGAGUGAAGACCUGGUCCUGUAGACGGGAAGGAGCCUGGACACAGUGACACAUUCUCAAAGGCCCUGCAGGACCACCAUGGCUUAUGAUGACUCCGUGAAGAAAGAAGAUUGUUUUGAUGGUGAUCAUACCUUUGAGGACAUAGGACUUGCAGCUGGCCGAAGCCAACGAGAGAAAAAACGUUCUUACAAAGAUUUUUUAAGGGAAGAGGAAGAAAUUGCUGCUCAGGUCAGGAAUUCUUCCAAGAAGAAGUUGAAGGAUAGCGAACUUUACUUCUUGGGGACGGACACACACAAGAAGAAGAGGAAGCACUCCUCUGAUGAUUACUACUAUGGAGGACAGUGGUUCUUGUUCUGAGUGCCGAUAAACCAGUGUGAAGGAGGAGAGAGGUGGAGGGCUGGUAUUUUGGAGGAUUCAGCAUAGAAGAACAGUCUGCAUUUGUGAUACACCAGACAUUUCGUCUUUGGAAUCGUCACAGAAGAAAAAGAAAAAGUCCAGCCCACAGACUACCGAUACAGCUAUGGACCUGUUGAAAGCUAUCACUUCCCCACUGGCAGCAGGCUCCAAGCCCUCCAAAAAGACUGGGGAGAAAUCCUCUGGCUCUUCAAGCCAUUCGGACAGUAAAAAGGAGCACCACAGGAAGAAAGUCAGUGGAAGCAGUGGGGAACUACCCCUGGAGGAUGGUGCCUCCCACAAAUCCAAAAAAAUGAAACCUCUGUAUGUGAACACAGAGACACUGACCCUUCGGGAGCCUGAUGGUUUGAAAAUGAAACUUAUUCUCUCACCAAAGGAGAAGGGAAGCAGCUCUGUUGAUGAGGAGUCUUUUCAGUAUCCCUCUCAACAAGCAACUGUGAAAAAAUCCUCAAAGAAAUCAGCUCGGGAUGAGCAGGGUGCUUUACUCCUAGGACAUGAGUUACAGAGCUUUCUGAAAACAGCCCGGAAAAAGCACAAGUCAUCCUCAGACCCACAUUCAUCUCCUGGCCCUGAAGGCUGUGGGUCUGAUGCCUCCCAGUUCCCAGAGUCCCACAGUGGUAACCUUGAUCUUUCAGGGCUUGAACCUAUUCUGGUAGAAUCAGACUCAUCCUCUGGUGGGGAACUAGAGGCUGGGGAGUUAGUGAUAGAUGAUUCUUACCGGGAAAUCAAGAAGAAAAAGAAGUCAAAGAAGAGCAAAAAGAAGAAAGACAAGGAGAAGCAUAAAGAGAAGCGACACUCCAAAUCCAAGAGAAGUUCAGGACUUUCUGCUCUGCCAGUGGGAGAGGUCACAGUGACAUCUGGCCCUCCUCCCAGCAUCCCAUACGCUGGAGCAGCAGCACCUCCCCUGCCACUUCCUGGCCUCCACACAGAUGGGCAUAGUGAGAAAAAAAAGAAAAAAGAAGAGAAGGACAGAGAGAGAGAGAGAGGAGAAAAGCCAAAAAAGAAGAACAUGUCGGCCUACCAGGUGUUCUGUAAAGAGUAUCGCGUGACCAUUGUGGCUGACCAUCCAGGUAUAGAUUUUGGGGAACUUAGUAAAAAACUGGCUGAGGUGUGGAAGCAAUUGCCAGAAAAAGACAAACUGAUUUGGAAGCAAAAAGCUCAGUAUCUGCAGCACAAACAGAACAAAGCAGAAGCCACAACUGUGAAAAGGAAAGCAUCCAGCUCAGAAGGUUCCAUGAAAGUCAAAGCCUCUUCUGUAGGAGUACUGUCACCCCAGAAGAAAUCCCCACCCACCACCAUGCUCUUACCAGCCUCACCAGCCAAAGCCCCUGAGACAGAGCCCAUUGAUGUUGCUGCUCAUCUUCAGCUGUUGGGAGAGUCCCUAAGCCUCAUUGGACACCGUCUGCAGGAAACUGAGGGUAUGGUGGCUGUGUCUGGCAGUUUGUCAGUGCUUCUGGAUUCCAUUAUCUGUGCCCUUGGCCCCUUGGCAUGUCUCACCACACAACUACCUGAAUUGAAUGGCUGUCCCAAACAGGUCUUGUCAAACACACUAGACAACAUUGCUUACAUCAUGCCUGGACUGUGACAGCAAAGAAUCCUGGGACAGAAACCUUAUCCUACACCAUUGCUGGUUUGUGUAUAUAUGACUGUUCCAGAUUCCUUCACUGGCCUCUGGGUGUAGGUUUUAAAUUUUUAUAUCUAUACAUACAUAUAUACAUAUAUAUAUAAUGUACAGUAUAUACAUAGGACUGUAACUACUUUGCUUUUAAUAAUUUUAUGAAAUGGCAAAGGUUUAGCCAAGAGGAAAUUUUGGCAUGAAUACAGGCUUGGGAUUCUUUUUUCUCCUGUGGUGGAUAAAUCUGCCUUAAAAAUCAAUGUAACUUGGGGGCUGGGGGCUUGUUCUGGGUGCCAAGCGCAUCUCUUUAUGGACAGCUAAAAUGUGAUUAUUUUCCAAACUCAGUUGGACCUCCAGACCCAUCACUGACCAUUUGCCUUACCUGUCUUAGUCUGAAAUAUGUAAUAGGAAAGAUAACGGGAAGAUGCCAGUUGACUGAAAAUUCAAAGCCUUUCAGUUUGAAGUGACCUAGGUGGGAGGUGAUAAAAUUUGUUCCCAUUAUAGUUAGGAAGGUGGCUUAGGUGAAUUGAGUAGGGGGUUCAUUCCAAUUCCUACUGUAUAGGUGUCCAUGUCUGAAAAUUUAUUGUAAUCAUUGGUACCAUUGGCGGCCUCAACAGAGGCCAAGGAGUUCUGUGAGCCCUGGCAGCAUAAAACACCUUGGAGGGUGAAGCUGUCAGUGCCAUCAGUUGGACCUCCAUACAUUCUGAGCUAACCCAGAAUAUUUAGUCUGCAGAACUAAGAGCUAGUGUCUUUCACUGGUGGCAUGAAGUUAACCACCAAGUCCUCACAAGCCGUGCUGCUUAGUUACUUGGUGGUUAUGGAUAAACUUUGCCCAGCAUGAUUUUUGGAUUCAUCUUAUCGGUUCCCCUGGUGGGCAGAUACACAGUGUUCUGCAUUCCACAUGUAAGUGAAUUGCAAAAACAGAACAAAAGUCACUCUCUUGUAGGUUUAUUUAUGUGUGUGUGAAUGUGUAUUUUAAUUAUGUGUAUUUAACUCUUUAAAAUCUCUUAGAUUUUAAUUUAUCCUGUAAAUUUCUGUAUAUAUAAUUUAAUAACAAAAGCCUCCACCAGCAACAGCAUGUGGAAGAUACAUAUUUGUCAUUUCUCCUUCCUUCCCUCCCAUCCUUCCUUCUUUCAUUCUUUCUUUCCUUCCUUCCUUCCUUCCCUCUUUCCUUCCUUCCUCCUGAUCUAUUCCAAAAACUCUGAAUCAUCUACAUAUUAAGGUAUUUUACCUCAAAAAUGAAUCAUUGUGUUAGGAUUCUAAUUCUUUACAAAGAACUUCAUGGGCUUCAAUAAUGUCUAGAAAGUAAAAUAAAGAGGAAUGUUACCAUCCCCAGCUGCCCUCAUUUCCAGAGAACCAGACUUUUGCUUCCCAGUUGGAAAGAAGACAGUUGAGCACUUCAGGAUGGUUUUUAAAUCUGGUGUGAGAUUCUCUGCCAACACCAAGCUCUGAGCUAACUGUGCUUUCUUCUCCUGGCCUAGACAGCACUGCAGCAUCAAAGUAGAUCUUCGGGGACAGUGUAGCCCGUCUGCAUCCUAUUUAAUUUCUUCCCUUCUCCCCACCAGUGUUGUCACAGGGCUAUGUUGCUUAAAGGUAUUCUGGCUGCUGAAUCCCUUUCUCAGCUCAGAGCAGUUUUGAGAUUUAAUUGGGAAUACAGAGAAAGAAACAGGAUUGUUUGGGAACCAAAAUCAAGAGGAACAGAAAUCUUAACUUGAUUUCAUGUAUUAGAACAUUGUACCAUGCCUCUUCUCCAUCUGGAAGUUUCCUGUUUGACACAGGGUAUCUAGGAGGGGCGGAGAAGACAUGGAUAGUACAGGAAGACAUUAAUCCUAGCAUUGUCAUUUAUGUACAUUAAUGAAAUCCUGAUGAGGACCUGCUUUUUGUUUGUUUUCCUUUGAAACCCAGCCCUAUUGUAUUUGUAUUUAAAAUUUGUACACAUUUGUAUAAUAAUCUGUACCUUGUGGUAUUUGGUACUAUUAGAGGAAAAACUUUGGAUUCAGACCUUCUUGCAGUUUUUAUAUCAUUGUUUUAUUUUGUUUUUUAAAUAAAUUCUAGUGGUUUGAUCCAAAUCCCAUUACAGUUGUAUAAAGAAAUAAAAUUUUGUACUUAUAUUAUUAAAAAUCACAUUUUUAAUAUUUGUA